GAUUCAUGGAUAUUGACCUGACCAAAUUCAAGGAGAGCGGAGCUAACGUAACUGGCUUCCAGUUGGUGAAUUACACGGAUGCUGUUCCCGCCAGGAUCAUGCAGCAGUGGAGGAAUAAUGAUGCCAGGGAGCAUCCUCGUGUGGACUGGAAGAGGCCAAAGUACACGUCGGCUCUAACAUACGACGGGGUCCGGGUGAUGGCUGAGGCAUUUCAGAACCUGCGGAGGCAGCGGAUCGACAUCUCCCGUCGUGGCAAUGCCGGGGACUGCCUUGCCAACCCAGCCGUGCCCUGGGGACAAGGCAUCGACAUCCAAAGAGCGCUGCAGCAGGUCCGUUUUGAAGGAUUGUCUGGCAACGUUCAGUUUAACGAGAAGGGACGGAGGACCAACUACACCCUCCAUGUGAUUGAGAUGAAACAUGAUGGGAUCAGAAAGAUUGGUUAUUGGAAUGAAGAUGAGAAGCUGGUUCCAGCAGCCAUAGAUACUCAAAGUGGCAAUGAGUCCACAAGCCUCCAGAACAGGACUUACAUAGUCACAACUAUCCUAGAAGACCCAUAUGUGAUGCUCAAGAAGAACGCCAACCAGUUUGAAGGCAAUGAGAGGUAUGAAGGCUACUGUGUGGAGCUCGCUGCUGAGAUUGCGAAGCAUGUUGGCUACCACUACAGGCUGGAGAUUGUCAGAGAUGGGAAGUACGGAGCCCGAGACCCUGACACAAAAACAUGGAACGGCAUGGUGGGAGAACUUGUUUAUGGGAGGGCGGAUGUGGCUGUGGCACCAUUAACCAUCACUCUGGUUCGAGAAGAAGUUAUAGACUUUUCCAAACCGUUCAUGAGCUUAGGUAUCUCUAUCAUGAUAAAAAAACCUCAGAAGUCCAAACCAGGAGUUUUUUCCUUUCUGGAUCCUUUGGCUUACGAGAUAUGGAUGUGCAUUGUUUUUGCCUACAUUGGGGUGAGUGUUGUCCUCUUCCUGGUGAGUCGCUUCAGCCCUUAUGAGUGGCACACUGAGGAAUUUGAGGAAGGACGGGACCAGCCGGCCAACGACCAGACGAAUGAGUUUGGGAUAUUCAACAGUCUCUGGUUCUCCCUAGGAGCUUUCAUGCAGCAAGGAUGUGAUAUUUCUCCAAGGUCUCUCUCCGGCCGCAUAGUCGGUGGCGUCUGGUGGUUCUUCACCUUGAUCAUCAUAUCCUCCUACACAGCUAACCUGGCUGCCUUCCUCACCGUGGAAAGGAUGGUUUCUCCCAUCGAGAGUGCAGAGGACUUGGCUAAGCAGACAGAAAUCGCCUAUGGGACCCUGGAAGCUGGCUCCACUAAAGAAUUUUUUAGGCGAUCCAAAAUAGCAGUGUUUGAGAAGAUGUGGACGUACAUGAAGUCAGCUGAACCCUCCGUUUUUGUGAGGACAACAGAAGAGGGGAUGAUCCGGGUGAGGAAGUCGAAAGGGAAGUAUGCCUACCUCUUGGAGUCCACGAUGAACGAGUACAUCGAGCAGCGGAAGCCCUGUGACACCAUGAAGGUGGGAGGUAACUUGGACUCCAAAGGCUAUGGCAUUGCAACACCAAAGGGUUCUGCGCUGAGAGGUCCCGUAAACCUAGCGGUUUUGAAACUCAGUGAGCAAGGCGUCUUAGACAAGCUGAAAAGCAAAUGGUGGUACGAUAAAGGGGAAUGUGGAAGCAAGGACUCCGGAAGUAAGGACAAGACGAGUGCGCUGAGUCUCAGCAAUGUGGCGGGGGUUUUCUAUAUCCUCAUCGGUGGGCUCGGACUAGCCAUGCUGGUUGCCUUAAUCGAGUUUUGUUACAAGUCCAGAAGUGAAUCAAAGCGGAUGAAGGGUUUUUGUUUAAUCCCACAGCAAUCAAUCAACGAAGCCAUACGGACAUCAACCCUUCCCAGGCCGGCUGCAGCAGGAGGCAGUGGAGAAAACGGACGUGUGGUCAGCCACGAUUUCCCCAAAUCCAUGCAGACGAUCCCGUGCAUGAGCCACAGCACUGGCAUGUCCCUGGGAGCUACGGGAUUAUAAUUGGCCUUUUGACCCAUUGCCUGGGUGAGAGCAGGGGCAGCCCAACUCCACCCCCUCCAGAGCCAAAAACAAACCCAACACCAACAAGACAAAUGACAAUGACAGAAGGGACAAUCGGAUGGAUCUUCUUGAGGAAAUCAAAUCUAUUUCCCUUUUUAUUUGCAAACAGAUCCGCUGGCAGGAGAACAGAAACAAGUCUGUACUGCAAUAAGGAGAGUCUAAUGGGAUUUAACAAACUCGUGAACCGUCCCUGAUCAAAGAACCACUGGAACACUAAUGAGAACUAUGCCAUUUUGUUUUAACUUGUUGUUAAUAAGUCUUAGUGUGUGCAAUAUAUAUAUUUU